AUGGCGGCGGCGGCGGCGGCGGCGGCGGACGCUCCGGGGCCCAGCGAAGCGGCCGAAGUCGGCUCGAGCGGCUCCCUCGGGUCAGCUGACCCAGCCGCUGGGAUCUGCGCCUGCGCGCUGCGCCGACGCCCCGCCCACCGUCACGUGACGGCCGCGGCGCCGCGUCAGCUGAUCGCGCUCGGGCGCGGGGACUGGAGAGGGAGGGGCGGGGCGGGGCGGGGCCAGGAGCGCGGGGGCGCGGCUGCGCCUGCGCAGGACCCGCCGGCGGCCCUCCCCUCCCCCGCUGCGCAGUGCCCCCGCGCCUCGCUCGCUGUCCCCGCGCUGCAGUUUUCCGUUGGCGCUUGCGGGAGGACAGUCGUUAGGAAAAUCUUCCCGGGCCAGGGGGGCAGAGCGCGCUCGGCGUGUGCGGCGGAGCCCCGCGUGCCCCGGGGCGGACGCUCUCCCUCCUCUGCGCCGCUUUCCCGCGGCGGCCCGGGCCCUGGUGGGCUCCGAGGGCGGGGCAAGGCCACGGGGUCCCCGAACAUCCAGCAAAAGACUGGAAGGGCCAUCUCACUGGCAGGUGUGACAUCUCGGAACAAAGCCCAGUGGCCAGGCCUGGUGCUGAGAGGUGAAGCAGUUGCAGCUGAGGAAGCUCCACGGAAGCUGGAGGAGCCACUUCCAAGACAGUUCGCUCACGUGGUUGGCAGGCUGCAGCAGCCUCCCGCCAACCCUGGUGUCUCGGCUGUGGCCUUGCCCGAUGUCCACCCAUUCUCCUCUCUGGUGAGGCUGAAUGAAAUCCACCUGCGGGUCUUUCCUGCUACCACAAGAUGUAGCUUAGGUAUCACCUCACCCGGGGAGUCCUCCAGGAACACUCAGAUUGUGCUUUUUGUUGACCACCGAGGAGCCCUUGAAAAGUUCCGGAUGGAGAGAAUGUUCCAGAAGCCCCGGGCGGGCGGCUGCGGCGGCUGCAGCGGCUGCGGCUCGGGGGGCUCCGGCCAGGGCGCCGCGCACCCCGACUGGGGACCUCGGGGGCCCGCAGCCCGAGAGGAGCGGGCGGCCCGGCCGGGGGAGCCCCUGGCGCCGUGUCCCGACUCCCGCCGCCCCGGCGCCCUCCGCGAUGUAGCUGCCGCCUCCCUCGGCGCCCCCCGGACUCCGGCCGCACCGUCUCCGCGACCUGCGGGCUCCAGCCGGGUCCCGGGUCCCGGGUCCCGGGCCUCCGCCUCCGCGUCCGCGUCCGCGUCCGCGUCGCCCGCGCUGCAGCCCCUCGGACUCCAGCAGGCGCUUCCCUCCGCCCUGCCCCGGGAGGCUGCCUCCGUCUCCCCGCGGAGCCUGCGCCCGUCCCGGCGCCCCCGCCCCCGCCCCCGCCCCGCUCCGCCCCGCGUGCGCCCGGGCCUCGGCGGGGACAUGAAGGCGCAGCUGGACGGCCUGUCGGGGAGCUCGUCCUGCAGCGGCUCGCUGGGCGCGGCGGCGGCGGGCGGGCUGCACCGGGCGCUGACGGCGCUGCUGAGCGAGGCGGAGCGCGAGCAGUUCACGCACUGCCUGAACGCCUACCACGCGCGCCGCAACGUGUUCGACCUGGUGCGCACCCUGCGCGUGCUGCUGGACAGCCCCGGCAAGCGGCGCCUGCUGCCGCUGCUGCGCCUGGUCAUCCCGCGCGCCGACCAGCUGCUCUUCGACCAGUACACGGCCGAGGGGCUCUACCUGCCCGCCGCCGCCUGCCGCCCGCCGGCCUGGGGCGGCCCCGACGGCGCGGGGCCCGGGGACGUGCGCCUGGUGAGCCUGCGGCGCGCGAGGGCCCACGAGGGCCUGGGCUUCAGCAUCCGCGGGGGCGCGGAGCACGGCGUGGGCAUCUACGUGUCGCUGGUGGAGCCGGGCUCCCUGGCCGAGAAGGAGGGGCUGCGGGUCGGGGACCAGAUUCUGCGCGUCAACGACAGGUCCCUGGCCCGGGUGACCCACGCCGAGGCGGUCAAGGCUCUGAAGGGCUCUAAGAAGCUGCUGUUGUCCGUGUACUCGGCAGGGCGCAUCCCCGGGGGCUACGUCACCAACCACAUCUACACCUGGGUGGACCCCCAGGGCCGCAGCAUCUCCCCGCCCUCAGGCCUGCCCCAGACCCACGGCAGCACCCUGAGGCAGCGUGAGGGUGACUCCAGGAGCACCCUGCACCUCCUGCAAGGCGGGGAUGAGAAGAAGGUGAACCUGGUGCUGGGCGACGGCCGCUCCCUGGGCCUCACGAUCCGCGGGGGAGCCGAGUACGGCCUGGGCAUUUACGUCACCGGCGUGGACGCGGGCUCAGAAGCAGAGAGCAGUGGGCUCAAGGUUGGGGACCAGAUCCUGGAAGUGAACGGGCGGAGCUUUCUCAACAUCCUGCAUGACGAGGCGGUCAGGCUGCUCAAGUCAUCCCAGCACCUCAUCCUGACGGUGAAGGACGUGGGGAGGCUGCCCCACGCCCGCACCACGGUGGACGAGACCAAGUGGAUCGCCAGUUCCCGGAUCGAGGACGCCACCGCAAACACGGCAGGGUUCCCUGGGGAUCUUCCCACGGAAGGAACAAGCAAGCUGGGAUUGUGCAAGGGGCCGGCUGGCUCCCAGGUGACCCUGAGCAGCCUGGGCCACCAGACGCGUGUGCUGCUGGAGGAGCAGGCACGGCACUUGCUGAACCCACAGGAGCGCGCCACCAUGGCCUACUACCUGGAGGAGUACCGCGGCGGCAGCGUCUCCGUGGAGGCCCUGGUCAUGGCCCUGUUUGAGCUGUUCAACACCCACGCCAAGUUCUCGCUCCUGUCUGAAGUGAGGGGCACCAUCUCCCCCCAAGACCUGGACCGCUUCGACCACCUGGUGCUGAGACGGGAGAUCGAGUCCAUGAAGGCGCGCCAGCCCCCGGGCCCUGGGGCCGGGGACACCUACUCCGUGGUCUCCUACAGCGACACGGGCUCGUCCACAGGCAGCCACGGCACCUCCACCACCGUCAGCUCGGCCAGGAACACUCUGGACCUCGAGGAAACUGGUGAGGCUGUCCAGGGCAGUACGAACACCCUCCCAGACGUUGCCCUGGUGAGACCCUCUGGCUCUUGCACUGACCGGCUCCGCUCCGGCUCCGAGGGGCUGCCCGGCUGCAAGCCGCCGCCUCCCCCGCCGCCCCUGGCCCAAGGCCACGGCCGCCCGCCCACCCAGCGGAGGAAGCCAGCGCAAGAGGACGUCCAGCCCCCUUCGUCCGCGUCCUCCCACUCGGGCAUCGUCUUCUCGGCCCCGAGGACCCACAGCCCACCGGCGGGCACCGCACCGGCCCCAGGCGCCCCGGCGGCCCCAGACCCACCCUCCUCCCCCAUCUAUGCCUCUGUGUCCCCCGCCAACCCGGGCUCCAAGAGGCCGCUGGACGCCCACCUGGCCCUGGUCAACCAGCACCCCAUCGGCCCCUUCCCGCGCGUCCGGUCACCCCCGCACCUGAAGAGCCCCCCUGCAGAGGCCACGCCGGCGGGGGGCUGCCUCCCGCCGCCCUCUCCCUCGGGCCGGCCGGAUACGACGGGCACGAACCAGCACUUUGUCAUGGUGGAGGUGCACCGGCCCGACAGCGAGCCCGACGUGAACGAAGUGAGGGCGCUGCCGCAGACACGCGCAGCCUCCACACUGUCCCAGCUCUCGGACAGUGGGCAGACCCUGAGCGAGGACAGCGGUGUGGACGCCGGUGAGGCAGAGGCCAGCGCCCCAGGCCGAGGCAGACAGAUCGCAUCCACCAAGAGCAGGAGUAGCAAGGAGCCACCUCGGAAUGAGAGGACCGCAGAGGGGGCCACCAAACCGCCUGGCCUCCUGGAGCCCACAUCCACCGUGGUCCGCGUGAAGAAAAGUGCAGCCACCCUGGGCAUUGCCAUCGAGGGUGGCGCCAACACCCGCCAGCCCCUGCCUCGGAUCGUCACGAUUCAGCGAGGCGGUUCGGCCCACAACUGUGGGCAGCUCAAGGUGGGCCACGUGAUCCUGGAAGUGAACGGGCUGACGCUCCGGGGCAAGGAGCAUCGGGAGGCGGCCCGCAUCAUUGCGGAGGCCUUCAAGACCAAGGAGCGAGACUACAUCGACUUUCUGGUCACGGAGUUCAACGUGAUGCUCUAGAGGCUGAGGCCCGGAGGCCCCCCACUGCUGCCCAGUCCCUGGCCCCGGUCCCUCCUCCCUCCCAGCACUAUAAGCUUCUGGAGGGCUGGGGCUGCGUAGCCAGGGUAGCAGGAAGACAUCCCCCCACUCUAUCCUGGCGCACCGGCCCAGAACCAGGAUAAGAAAGCCGGGUGAGGCACACAGAAGGUCAGGCUGGGGUCCGGUGCCAUGCCCGGGGUACACAGUAGGCGCUCAGUACAAGCGUGGGUGUCGGGAAGGAGAGAAGGUCCACCUGAGGCCUGCCAGGGCCCGUUACCUGGGUUGGGGAGGGGGCACUGUGUCCCCCUCCCCCGCCAGCUAGGACCUGGCCCAUCCUCAGGUUGUCUGAGCCUUUAUCUGGAGUGAGGUCACAUGAGAAUUCGAGGACACGGCCCCCAGCCAGGGGGGCAUCUUGCAGGACCUUUAGUGCCACAAAUAAGCAUCAAGCAACCCCCCCUCCAUUCUCACCCCCUCUCCUCUUGGCUCCUUAUCCCCCUAUAGUAUUUAUUAUUUAUUUCCCUCUCCUCACCCCUGGGGACUCCAAGACCCCAGGUUCCCAGCCCCGCCCCCAGCCUAUCCCAGAGGCCUUGCAGGUGACCAGCGAUGUCAGCGUAUUUAUAUACAGAGCUUAUGACUUUAAUUUUUCAAUAAAGAAAUCUGAACAAGGUUGAGGCCCAGCGUGCUGUGUGGCCUGCCUUUGGGGCUGGGGUUUCUGAUUGCUCAACCAAAGAGGGAUGGGUCGGUCAGAUGCUAGGCGCUCAGAGCAACACCUAGCAGCAGCAGCGGCCUUUCCCCCUGCCCCCCAGGGCUCAACGCGGGAUGCACAGUGGGGGUGCAGGGGCACCCGAGCC